UUGUAAUUAUUAUAAAUAUAUUCAAAGAUCCUGGGAUAGUCAAAAGAAAACACACUGUUUCAGGUUCGCUCUAUCUUCAAACCUUUGCUUCUUUCUUGGUCGUCAAUGGCUGUGACUGCUUGAAUUUUCCGAUUCAGAGGUUCUUCUGGCAACCCGUAGCUGUGGGAUCACCUGUUUCCCAUCACCUAAAAUCAACCUGUUUCUCUCUACUGAAAACCCUAGAAACUCCAAGAACCAAAACUCGUUUCAGAAUGGAGAAUUCAGCUGGACCCGUUUCUGCUAGAGGACUCAUCACUCACGUAAUCUUUGAUAUGGACGGUCUCUUACUUGACACAGAGAAGUUUUAUACCGAGGUGCAAGAAAUUAUACUAGCUAGAUUUAAUAAGACUUUUGAUUGGUCUCUGAAGGCCAAAAUGAUGGGAAAGAAAUCAAUAGAAUCUGCUAAGAUCUUUGUUGAAGAGACGGGAAUUAGUGACUCUCUUACAGCAGAGGAUUUUCUUCUAGAAAGAGAGUCAAUGUUGCAGACAUUGUUUCCAACAAGCGAGCUCAUGCCAGGGGCCAGCCGCUUGAUCAGACAUCUUCAUGCAAAGGGAAUACCGAUUUGCGUGGCUACAGGUUCACACAAGCGGCAUUUUGCACUGAAAACACAACAACAUGGUGAACUUUUCUCCUUGAUGCAUCAUGUUGUUCUUGGUGAUGAUCCAGAAGUCAAAAAAGGCAAACCGUCACCAGAUGUAUUUCUUGCUGCGGCUAAGAGAUUUGAGGGAGGCCCGAUAAAUCCAGAUAAGAUUAUCGUGUUUGAAGAUGCUCCAGCAGGAGUUCAAGGAGCAAAGAAUGCUGGGAUGUUCGCGGUCAUGGUUCCGGAUGCAAGGCUGGAUAGCUCACUCUAUGGUCCUGCAGAUCAAAUUCUAAACUCAUUGCUGGAUUUCAAUCCAAGUGAGUGGGGUUUACCACCAUUUGAUGAUGAAACAAGCUAGACUUUCACUCCCCAUUUGAAUGGUUCAUAGGUUGCCAUAAAGAGACAUUUUCAUUGAAUCAUUGAUGAGAAUUAAAAAAAAAAAAAACUGGUUUCAAACUAGACAGUUACUCUUAAUCUAUUGAUUAACCACUUAACAAGUGGUAUUUGAUUUUCUUUUAAUCAAGGUUCCCCCAUUUGCAUUGUGAAAUCAUGAUCUGAAUAGUGUAAGUUUUCAUUAGAGAUUUGAUUAUGGCAUCAGAUACAUGAGAGUUGAGACCCUUUUUAGCUC